AUGGCACCUGGAGAAGGAGGAUACCGACAAAUCAACAAAGCACUCAACAUCUGCGCUUUCGAAGAUUAUCUACAUGGCCAACAAAAAGGUCUUCCAAAGCUGGAGGACGUCGAGCAACUGACUCCGAGAGUGCUUCGUAUACUUGGCCAUAAUCCUGGCAAGUUUACACUGCAAGGGACAAACACAUUCAUCAUUGGCACGGGCAAGGAGCGUCUCAUCAUCGAUACUGGUCAGGGAAUUCCUGACUGGGCUGACCUUAUCGCAUCCACUCUUGCUUCUUCGGGCAUUAAGCUCACAGGAGUACUACUUACUCACUGGCAUGGCGACCAUACCGGUGGCGUACCAGACCUGCUUCGACUAUACCCAGAGCUGGGAGGCUCUAUCUACAAGAAUUUGCCUAGCAAAACGCAACAACCUAUAUAUGACGGCCAAUUGUUUCAGGUAGAGGGUGCAACGAUCCGUGCGGUACACACACCGGGUCAUUCCGACGAUCACAUGUGCUUCGUACUGGAGGAAGAACAAGCGCUAUUUACAGGAGAUAACGUCCUUGGGCUGGGCACCGCGGCUAUAGAACAUCUCGGGACAUUUAUACAGAGCCUCAAAAAGAUGCGCUCACUCAACUGCACCAAAGGUUAUCCGGCUCACGGCGUAACGAUUGAGGAUUUACACGCCAAAAUCUCUCUUGAGCUCCGGCAAAAAGACCGGCGGGAGAAGCAAAUAUUACAAACAUUGGGACACUUCAGAUCGUCGGCCAGACUUGCAGAAGGGCGCAGCAAGGGCAGCGUCACCGUCCAGCAGCUGGUCACCGCAAUGCACGGCGCAGACGUGGAUAAUGAGGUUCGAACACUGGCACUAGAACCUUUUGCCGAGGAAGCUCUGCGGAAGCUGGCUGAGGACAGGCGUGUUGCUUUUGAGAGACGCGGCGGAGUGAAGCGAUGGUUUGUUUUGGGCACAGCUGCCUGA